AUGCAGCCCAGGCAGCUACCAAACCUUCAGGAUGCCAUGAAGAUCGACUGGGACGACUGGAAGAGCUGGGAGUGGAUGCAGCCUGGCUGGAAGGGGGUGAAGAUGCACUCGCAGUGUGUCAUCAACGCGGAUGGAUCUGCUGAGAUUCGUAGUGUCUUGCUCUUACCAGCCUCAGCACUAGAAGCAAAAGAUUGGUCAGAAUCAUAG